AUGUUCCGCCAUGAUGGCACCAAGACCCCUAGCUUAGACGACUACGACGAUGUCCGCAUCUUGGGCUACGACCCGUUGGUCUCACCGGCGCUUUUGCAGCAGGAGGUCCCAGCCACGGCGCAGAGCUUGAGAACCGUGGUAAAGGGCAGAAAGGAGGCUUGCAACAUUGUCUCCUUGAAAGACGACCGUUGUUUGGUCGUGGUGGGCCCAUGCUCCAUCCAUGACUUGGACCUUGCGCUUGAAUACGCCGGCAGAUUAAAGAAGUUGGCAGUUGAGUUGGAACAGGACCUUGUCAUCGUGAUGAGAGCGUACCUCGAGAAGCCAAGAACCACCGUUGGCUGGAAGGGGUUGAUCAACGAUCCGGAUGUGGAUGACUCCUUCAACAUUAACAAGGGGUUGAAGUUGUCCAGAAGAUUGUUUGUCGAGUUGACCGACGCCGGGGUGCCUAUCGCCUCUGAGAUGUUGGACACCAUUUCUCCGCAGUACCUCGCGGACUUGUUGUCCUUCGGCGCCAUUGGUGCCAGAACCACCGAGUCGCAGUUGCACCGUGAGUUGGCCUCCGGUCUUUCUUUCCCGAUCGGGUUCAAGAACGGUACCGACGGCUCGCUUGACGUUGCCUUGGACGCGGUCCAGGCUGCCUCGUCCGGCCACCACUUCAUGGGUGUCACCAAGCACGGUGUCGCUGCCAUCACUACGACCAAGGGGAACGACUCCUGUUUCGUCAUCUUGAGAGGUGGCAAGAAGGGCACCAACUACGACGCUGAGUCUGUCGCUGCCGCCAAGGCCAAGUUGCCAGAAAAUGGGGUCUUGAUGGUGGACUGUUCCCACGGUAACUCCAACAAGGACUACCGCAACCAGCCAAAGGUCUGUUCUGCCGUCGCACAGCAGAUCGCCGCUGGUGAAGAUAAAGUCAUCGGUCUCAUGAUCGAGUCCAACAUCAACGAGGGUAACCAGAAAGUGCCAGCCGAGGGCAAAAAAGGUUUGAAGUACGGUGUCUCCAUCACCGAUGCCUGUGUCUCCUGGGAAGAUACCGUUGUCAUGUUGCAAGAGUUGGCCCAGGCCGUCAGAACCAGAAGAGCCUUGAAGAACCAGGCCUAA